CGCCGACCAGAGCGCGCUGGAGCGCUACACAUCUCGGAUGUUGUCAAAUGAGCCCUUCGUUCAACCAGAGACACUUUGGCUCAAGCCUUUCAGAUCGCACAAAUCGCAUCAAGCUAUUUGCAGUACCGCACACAUACGUAAUAAGGUAAACCCAUGGCGUUCAAGGCUAUCGGUCACCUUUUUCUGUUUGCUAACUUAGCCCUGCAACUGCAUGCUUUGACGCUGGAGAAUGCCGCAGAUGAGGCCCUGCUCAAGCGUGCUGGUUAUGGUGCUGGAGCGGAAGAAGUCGAGAGUCGCAGUGGCAUGUUAGACCUUCAGUACCUCAUGGACUAACACGCCGCGUCGGAGUCCGAGCUCCAUGCCCGUGCGGCCGAGACGUGGCGCAAGUAUUCUAGUCAGCUGGCCAAGAAUGGAUGCAGCUAUCAAGGGGGCUUGCUGCCUUGCCCCAACGGCAACAUAUGUUAUUACACAGGGCAUGGAGGUUUGAACGUGACGGCCACAGUGGAGUAUCGUGGGAAUAUCAUCAAGACAGUCUUAACCCCUGACCCAGAUGCUGCAGUCGACAUGCCAGAAAUCGUGACGUUUAUGGGUGCUGGCACCGACGAUGCUCCUGCAAUGUUGAUGGACGUACCAGCGGAAUAUCGCAGAACAGCGAACCCUGUGAUGCUGAAGAUGUUUUUCGUGGAGGACACUGACAAUGUUACUGAGCAAUGCCCUCAUGAUAGUGAGCGCGUGGAGUCCAUGGGGAACAGCACCGCGUCGUACCAGGUUGAGAAUAACACGUUCGCAGUUUCAGCGCAAAGCCCAAACACGUUCAUGGGCAUGGCCUUCGACUUCGACAGCGAGGCACCUGUUGGUCACACCCUGGCCUUCGAGAUCCCUUCUGGGACGGAGAUCGUCUGGGUGAGCCGUGAAGAGAUGGUCGAGGUGCUCCAAUCGCAGGAGAUGCCGGCUUCCCUCGAGAGGCGCCUAGAGGCGCAGUUACGCAAAGCUUCGUUGGCCAAGGGGAUGGAUGGCGCGCUCACGCAGAAGGGAAGCAGGCGGCGCAGGCGGCGCAGGGCGAGGUGCACCGGUGGACAGAUUGGGUCCAUGGCAGGAGGUGCCGCCGCCGUGGGCGUCGCUUUUUUGCUCUGCGCGUUUACUUUCAUAGGCUGCUUCACGGCGUCGCCGUUCUUAAUGUUUGCUGGGACAACGAUGGUGAAAAGCGGUGCUUGCCAGUGUUGGGCUAACGGAAAUGCUGGGCAGACCGCCUGCGCGUUGCGGUGAGGGCGGCGAGGGUUGCCGGGGCGCCGUAGUGGUCUCCCCUUGCAGGUUACCCGCCGAUGUAUUGCAACCGCGCAUGCACUUAGCGGUCAGGUCAUCCUAAUUUUUUGUGAUAUCCGUUCUUGCGCCAUUUUCUGCUGAUGCGCCGUGUAGGCGCGGCUUCUUCCAGUCCAGUCCGGGUAGUGGUCUCCAACUGGUUGGCGCAUUCUCUAUCUGGCGAUCGUGAUACUGGAGAAAAGGCGCCUCUGGCCCGAGGUGUCCCCAGGUAACCUCCAG